AUGCCCAAGAUAGGGCCAAAAAAGCAAACCCCCCUUGAAAAGGCCCAAAAAAGGGGUCUGGUGGCCUGUUGGUUGUCUGGUGGCCAGGGAGCGGAGCUCCGGUGGCGGCCGGGUGGCUGGGCGGCGGCUGGAAAAAACUGCGCCCGGGGAGCGAACGGAGCCGGGCUGCCGGCAGUUUUGAUAGGCGGCGGUCGGAAGGUGAGCGGCCGGCGGCGGCAACGCAGGGAGGCGGAGACGGUGGACCUGGCCGACGGGGAGCCGGAGCGGCGAUAUGGAGCGGCCGGCGGCGGCAGUUCGCGGCCGGCGAGAGCCGGAGUAACAGCGGCGGCGUCCGGAAAAGGACGGAGGGGCCGCCGGCGGGGGUCGCGAGGCCGGACUGACAGGUCUGACAAGCCUGUCAGUCCGGGAGCUGAGCUCCGGUUGCGGCCAGGUGGCACGGCGGCGACCGGAAAAAACUGCGCCUGGGGAGCGGACGGAGCCGGGCUGCCGAAAGUUUUAAUAGGCGGCGGCCGGAAGGUGAGCGGCCGGCGGCGGCAGCGCAGGGAGGCAGAGACGGCAGACCUGGCUGGCGGGGAGCCGGAGCGGAGAUAUGGAGCGGCCGACGGCGGCAGUUCGCGGGCGGCGAGAGCCGGAGGAGCAGCGGCGGCGUCCGGAAAAGGACGAAGGGGCCGCCGGCAGGGGCCGCAGGGGCCGGACUGA